UUCCUCUACCCCUGCAUGGGAUACGUUUCUCGACCCCAGUGCACUGGUUUCUGUCAUCCCAUGAAAUUGCAGCAAGGGCAGUCUCUUCAGUUGGUGCAGAUUAGCUAGCCCUGAAGAAUUGGCUACCAUUCACAGAAGUAUCAUAGAGUUGUGGGAACAGAUUAACUCCUACACAUGAUGUAGAUUCAACACCUGCCAGGAAAGCAGAAGCAUUACUUAAGUGUCCUGUGAAGGCAAACAUCAAGUCAAUUCAGCUUAUCUUGAAGAGUGGCAAACCAUGAACUCCAAAUGUCAUUGUGUGAAACUGAACGAUGGUCAUUUCAUUCCGGUGCUGGGUUUUGGAACUGCUAUGCCUUCAGAGUUACCCAAGAGUAAAGCUAAGGAGGUCACCAAAAUAGCUAUAGAUGCUGGUUUCCAUCAUUUUGAUUCUGCUUUUGUCUACAAUACCGAAGAUCAUGUAGGAGAGGCCAUCCGAGAGAAGAUUGCCAAUGGCACUACAAGGAGAGAAGAUAUAUUUUACACAUCAAAGCUUUGGUGUACGAGCCUUCACCCAGAACUGGUGAGAUCUUCCUUGGAAUGUUCACUGAAGAAACUUCAGUUGGACUAUGUGGACCUGUAUCUCAUACAUUUUCCGAUGGCCUUGAAACCAGGAGAUGAAAAUUUUCCAGUAGAUGAACAUGGAAAGUUACUAUUUGACACAGUAGAUCUCUGUGCUACCUGGGAGGCCAUGGAGAAGUGUAAGGAUGCAGGACUGGCCAAGUCCAUCGGGGUGUCCAACUUUAACCGCAGGCAGCUGGAGAAGAUCCUGAACAAGCCGGGGCUCAAAUACAAGCCUGUGUGCAACCAGGUAGAAUGCCAUCUUUAUCUCAACCAAAUGAAACUGCUGGAUUUCUGCAAGACAAAUGGCAUUAUACUGGUUGCCUAUGGAGUUCUGGGAACACAACGAUAUAACGGAUGGGUAGACCAGAACUCCCCUGUUCUCUUGAAUGAACCAGUUCUUAGUUCCAUGGCAAAAAAAUACAAUCAAACUCCAGCCUUGAUUGCCCUUCGCCAUCAGUUGCAGCGUGGGAUUGUGGUACUUAACACCAGUCUCAAAGAAGAGCGGAUCAAAGAGAACAUGAAGGUUUUUGAAUUCCAGCUGAGUCCAGAAGAUAUGAAAGUCCUUGAUGACCUGAACAGAAAUUUGCGGUACAUAGCUGGUGGAAUAUUUGAAGGCCACCCUAAUUUUCCGUUUUUGGAUGAAUACUAACAUCUUCAGGGAAGAUGUCUCCCGAAAGACCUAUGGUUGGAACACUGCUCAGCUGCUGCUGAGACUUGUCACUUGUCUACAGACUUGUCACUUCUGCUUUGUUGCAGUUGAGAACUUCCUGGAGCUACUCUUCAGCUAAGACAAAAAAAAUAAAUAAAUAAAAAUAAAAAUAAAAAUAAAAAAUACCACUCUGAAAACAAAUUAAAAAAAAAAGACACAUUCUUCAGUA